CUUUCCAAACUCUAAUUAUCAUCUGUCCUGUUCUCAGAAAAGAUUGACAAUCAAGUAUUUACCCACGACCAAAAUCAGCUUAUUAUUUCUGAAAUAAACCCUCGCUCGUCCCUUUCGCAGCCAUCUUGAACUAAGCAACCAGGCCACUCCGCAUAUAUGCGGUGUAUUUUCGCGCAUGCGCAUGCAAUAAAUACUGGACCUUCUUUCAUGCGAGCCAGAAUGCCGAGGGCAAAGAGAGCCCCAGGUCUGGACUGGACUUGGUUGUAAAAAUGUUUCAGGGGUUUUGGGACCCCUGUGGUAGCGAUUUUCGCUGUUUGGGAUUCCUAUGCAUCGAACUUUGAACGCCUGACUGAUUCCGCAUCGCCAAGACACCAUAACAAAAAAUGCAAAAACUACAAGCUGUGUCGGACUCGUUGGCAAUUAUAUUGCAUUGAAUGCACGCCAUAACAUAAACAAAUAUUGGUGUAUUUGCUCUCAAGGAAAUGUGCCAGCCGAGAAAAAAUAUGGACGGACUAAAAGCUUAGAACUGAUUUUGAUAUUGCUUCUUGUUGACAAAAUACGAUAAGAUGUUUAUGCUGUAUGCGUUUUUACGCUGGUGAUUCCAAAGGCGAUGCUUUAGCUCGAUGGCUUCUUUACUUAAGGAAAAUACUUUGGGGUUAAAUGCUGACGAGGUAGCAUUGAAUUUACAAGACUUGGACUCAGAGGAACCGCCAAACACCCUCGUAUCACCGAGGGAAUUGACCAACAUCAAUUUCCGAUCGCUGAUAGGCCACACAGAUGAGGUAAAUACUUGCGCAUUCUCUCCUGAUUGGACAAGAGUAGUGACUGGUGGUGAUGAUGACUUGGUCAAAGUAUGGGAUUCAAAGACUGGAAAGGUGUUGUUCACUUUGGAGCACCAUGAUGGGGCUAUCAAGUGUGUGUGCUUCUCUUCAGAUGGAAAACUAUUUGCAUCAGCGGCUUAUGAUCACUUGGUGAUGGUCUGGGAAGCAGCUACUGGGAAACAAGUGUUUUGUUUGCAAGGCCACACCCAUAGUGUUGAGACUUGCUGUUUCUCUCCUAAUGGGGCCUUCCUAUGCUCUGGUUCAUGGGACAAUACCGCAAUUAUCUGGAGUUUAAAGAAUGGGAUGCCUACUUAUGUACUGAAUAAACACAGAAAUGUCAUCCAAACCUGCGCAUUCUCACAUGACAGCAAAACAGUGGCGACUGGUUCAUGGGACUGUACUGUAAGGUUAUGGCAUCUGGUGGAAGGUGACAUGGCCGUCAAAUGCUUGGAUGGUCACAAAAGUAAUGUGCACUCAUUGGCGUUUGCUAAAAAUCACAUGUUGGCUUCUGGUUCUUGGGAUAUGACCAUUCGCUUGUGGGACAGUAAGACAGGGGAGCUUAUUCAUCUGCUAACAGGGCAUUCCGGAUGGGUACAGGCAUGCUCCUUUUCUGGUUCUGGGGACCUGCUGGCGUCUGCUUCCGAUGACCAAACAGUUCGCGUUUGGGACACUUCUACGGGAAGGUGCAUAAAAGAACUUGAGGUAUAUGGGACAGAAGGCGGAGCUUCUAACCCUGAGAGAGUGCAACACCGAUGAGAUUCACACAUGCUGUUUUACGGCUAGCGGCUCACUCUUUGCAUCCGGUCCAGCGGAACCCGAGACUACCAUAUGUAUAUACUAAGAGGUUGGGUUACCUGUGUACUCGCGGGUGCUGGUCCACGCCACCUACGCUUCCUAUUGGUCGUCCCGCGUAUUCAACCCAAGAGUUCUAUAUGGAUAUUCCGGGAUUACGGGUUACCUGUGGAUUGAGCCCAAGAUUGCUGAGUCCGUGUUGCCGUGAAUUCUAUGUACUGGUUCUCACCCAUUUGCCAUCAAUCUUUCGUAUCUGAUCCCCGCGGAUUAAGCCCAAGACUACUACACGUAUAUCCUGGGUAGCCGGGUUACCUGUGUACUAGCACGUUCUGGUGCUCGCCCAUUUGCCAUCCACUCUUCACAUCCGAUAUUUGCGGUUUGAAACCAAGGCGCAUAUUCCGGGAAGUGCGGGCUGCCUGCGUAUUGGUACAGGCCCUUAAAGGGGCAGUGUCAUGAUAAGAGCUUUCCGGCCCGGACAUAAUGAAUUUCAGUUAAAUUCUAAUAUUGACUUAUGAGCCUUUGGUACACGUGGGAGACUUAAAAUCAAAGGAAAUGAACACAAACUGUCAAUAAACAUAGUUUAAACAUGGCAUUGACAGCCUUUAAGCUGUCAAAAAAAAAAAAGUUCAACUAUUUGUAGACGAUUAAAAGCCUACAAUAAACACCGUCUCCAGACAUGCGCAGUACCAUGACGCUACCCCUUUGUAAAGGCGAGCAAGCAAAGACUGACAGAAAAAAAAGGGCCACAUCCUUCGGAAAAAAUCGAACAGCAAGAUAUAGAUAGGCUCUAUUUUUAUGGGGAUGUCGUUAGGCCUCAUCGGCUACACUAACAUACUGUUGAUUGGGGUACGUACCGUGGGCUUAUAGAUACGAGCUGGGUCAUGUCUAGAAUAUAAAAAGCUUAAUAAAAGAAAGAUAAAAUUUG